ACCGCAUAACUCAGUCGAUUUGGUUACUCGCCGAGUAUUACUUGCGGGACGUUCUGUAGUGAAAUUUUUGGCGGAAAUGUUCAAAAAGCAAAAGAAGAAAUCGAAAGAAGAAACACAGACUGUUGAUAACAAGCUACAAAACCAACGUUCAUCAAACAUCGGCACUGAUUUGUCGUUUGAUGUCAUCGAAAAUAGAAGUAAUGGUGAAGUAACAGAUGCCGAUCAACCUGAUGGCUUUGAUUCUCAGGGGUUUGUCGAUUUGACUCCGGCAGAAAAUCGACCUGUAUUACUGGGACCCAAACAACUUUGUCAGUAUGUUGGAACAUUUGCUGUGAGUCUGGGUACAGGAGGAGAGGGGACAAAAACACUAACAACACACAAGGAAAGAACAAGAUUUGUAAAAAAGAAACUCAAAGAAUAUCGGAAUGCCCAGAAAGGUGUAGGUGUGGCUAUUCUCACCUCUACUGAUGGAAUCAAGGUUGUUUCUCCAGAUGGCAAGCGUGUUAGAAUGGCCCAUCCAUUACAAAGAAUCUCAUUUGCAACAUGUGAUCCAGAAUUUAGACUCUUUGCUUACAUGUCGCAUGACCCCUCCCCAGUGGGAACAGCAAUACACUGCCAUGUUUUCAUGACAAAGUACACAAGGCAGGUUCAGAGUCUCACAGCUUUGGUUGGUAAAGCAUUUCAAGUAGCAUUUUCUGAAUCAAAGUUUCCACAGGGAACAGAAAUUAAGCUGGAACCGCUGAAGAAUGGCCCAGAUGGAAAAUCACCUCAAGGAAGGAAGUGGGCCAAGCUUGAGGCCCAACAGGGACAUGAGAAUUCUCAGCAUGCAAUGCUUGCAAGGUUAAAAAAGGAACAAGAAAAAGUAGCGAACAGAAGUAGUUCGCCUAAUUCUUCUCCAAGGGAACAAGCCGCACCUAAGGAAGAAGCAAAAGUAAUGGAGCAAGCCUCGCCAACACCGUCUAAACCAUCACCAAGGAUGGGAAGACGUAGGUCUUUUGGCAAAGCUCGUACCCCACCUGAAGUCCGCAGGUCGAAUAUUCCUCAAGGUAAUGGAGUAUUUGGGCAACACGAUAGAAAGGCUGACCCCUCCGAUGUAGUCACCGAUGGAAGCCCUGUGGCGCAAAGGAAAAUCGAUGGAAGCCCUGUAGCACAAAGGAAAAUCGAUGGAAGCCCUGUAGCACAAAGGAAAAUCGGUGGAAGCCCUGUAGCACAAAGGAAAAUCAGUGCUCCAGUUCAGGGAAACAAAAUUUACACGCCACCAUAUGAAGAACGUGCUGCAGCUCCUGUGAUUACCAGAGAACGUUCAAAUACUCCGCCACCAUCGCGGAGCGACGCAGUUUCAUCAAAACAGAAUGUUUCAAUGUUGCCAGUUGCUAAGACUGCAUCUGACCCGAAUUUGUCAGCAGCAGAUCAUGAGCUGACAACAGGCAAUCGACACGAAUCCGUGUCUAAAAGUAACAGCCAUGAAGAUGAAAAUUGGUACAUGCCUGGGAUACCAAGGGAAUUUGUGAUAGAGAUGUUACAGAAUUCCGAGGAAGGCUCAUUCUUUGUGCGCGACAGUCAAAGUAGACCAGGGUGUUUCGCUUUGACUAUGCGUGUUCCAAAGGAGGCAAAUCCUAGUGGUUUUGGAAACUUUCUGAUAGUGAAAGUGAAAGAUGGCGUCAUGAUACAGGGUUUUGAUAAAGUCUUACCGGAUCUCACAGCUUUGGUUGAACACUACUCCCAACACGCUGAUGGCCUCCCCUGUAGUCUAUUGAUUUCUGGUUCGAAUGUGUUAUGUGAAGAUGAAGAUUAUAUGAAUAUCGUCCCAGCAGACCCUGAUUAUCAGAGUUUAUCAGAUUUUACCGCAAUGAUGGCUGAAUUGAGUUGAGAGCAUUCCAAGUCUUAUUUAAACGAGACAUGUAGCGGUUUGAAGAAUUGCGCUUAAAUUUUUCAAGGUUGUAAGUAGCAAUCGGGGUCAAUCUUUGCCAACCUUGAACUGGAACAUCGACAUUCCUUUUCAGAGUCUCCUUUUCUUUUCGACAUUUGUCCUCCCUAUAAAAUGAUUAUCUCAAUUUUUUAUUUGUGAUAUAAUUGGCAACAACUCAAAUAUUGUGACUUGACUACACAGUUGAUCUGGUAUUAACGGUCAUUAACCCCUUUACACCCUGACAUCGGCAUGCAUAUUCUCCUCACUGUUCUCUAGACAUUUUCUAAGAUGCCGACCAGGAGAAUUUGUCUAACAGACAAGAGCUUCUUUAGUCGUUAGUCAGUUCCUUUAUUCUCCCGACCUUGAUGUUUGAUUUAGGAGUUAUAAGGUAGGGAGAAAUUAGAUGCCAAUCACUCUUAGGGGUUAACGGGUCAAUCUUCAUUUGUCUUGUAUCUCUUAGUACAGUCUACAGACUCGAAGCACCUAAAUUAUCUAAUGAAAUAAUCGGUGAUUCUACGAUUGAAAACAAAAUUACUAUGUCUAGUAUCUACAAAAACUACUCCAGGGAAUAUCGAGUUGUUAAUGGGGUUUGGAUAAUACUGUGUUUCAUAACGUUAUUAAUAUAUACAGGAAUGGGACCAAGGUUAAGUUAUUGUGUUAAAAAUAUGAUGAAUAUUUGAUUUGUAAGUGCUGUAACGUGACAAAGUGUUUGGAAUAUCUUAUGCUGGUGGAGAAAAUUAAUCCGCAAUAGAAAGGCGGUCAACAUUGACUGAAAUCUUAAUAAUGUAAUAAUUUAUUGAUAAUUUAUAAUUGUAAUAAAUGUAAUUAUAAUAAAGUUCGGAUAUAACGCGCGCCGCGUGCGUUAUCAGGAAGCGGGGAGAACACUCGACUAGGUCUUAUGUUUCUCCCUACACUGAUUUCGUGCUCUAGCCGCUUCAUGCGUGCUUUACAACAGAACAGAACACAGUCAAGGCUUUUAAAUCUCUAUUUGUUAAUUAUACAUUGAUACUGAAUGAAUUAAGUUAUUAGUUCUCACAUGAGAGUGAUUAUUGGAAAUAAGUCACCUUAUAUGUUAAAUUUCCAUUUGAAGUCAAGCGUGCAUGUUUGAGCGGCGGAGCCACGCGGAGAAUACCCCACGGCCGCCUUCAUUUUUUAAUUGAGCGUCCAACAGAUAACCUGCAUGCGACAAAAGCUUCUUAGGUCAUUUAAACUAUGGUGUAAAAAUUUUAAUUGAUUUUACCCUUUUUUUUUUUUUCAAGUAAAAUGCAAAAAUCCA